AUGGGUAAUCAAUGUUGUGGGAAUCAAACAAUAAAUAGAGAUGCGAAUGAAUAGGCAUUUGCAUAGGCAAUACCAGUGAGAUUGUAGUAGAAAUUAAAAUGUGAAUCAUAACGAUUUCAUCAAGUAUUAUUAUCAAAUGGUGAAAAUGAUAAGAAAGGUAUUAAGGAGAGAUAAAUAAUUAGAUAUCUUUUCAAAUGAAAGAUAAUAGGAUUUCAUAUUGAACUUGAAACCAUAUAGUCAUUUAGCUACAAAUGAUUCUGUUGUAGUAUCAAUAAGAGUAGUUUGUCAUGAUUAUUCUUAUAAAGAUGAAUUGGAUUGGUAUAUUGAUGAAGUAAAGUAUUUUGAUAAUAAAUAGUCUGUUAUAAUAGAUCCAAAUUGUUUUGAAACAUCAUUAUUAAGAGUAAUUGAUAAGAAAACAGGUAAUAAAUACACACUUAGAGUGAUAAAUUUUAAUGAUUAUGAAGAUUAUGAAUUCAAGUAAGCUUUAUAUUAAAUAUACAUAAUGUAAUUGAUUGGUAAUAAAUGUAAGAAUUUGAUAUCUUUGUAUGAUUGUUACAUAUUAGAGAAUGAAGAUAAAGAAUAUUCAAAAGGAUCUAUAAUAUUAUUAAUGGAAUAUUGUGAUUCAACAUUACAUGAAAUAAUAUCUUUUCGUAAAUUUCAUAAUUGGUAAUGGACAUCUGAUGAAAUAAGACAUGUAUUUGGUGAAUUAUCAUAAGCUUUAGGAUAAUUAGAAUAAUUAAAUAUAACUCAUCGUGAUUUACGUCCUCAUAAUAUUUGGUAUUGUUCUUUAAGUAAAACAUAUAAGAUAGGAGGAUUUGAAGAAGCUAAAUUAAUAAAAAAAGCAUAAAAUUUACAUAAUUAAUUAUCAUUAAAUAAUUUAGGAAUAAAUAUAUAAUAAGAAAAUGAAGAAUUAUUAAAUACAAUAAGAGGAGUGCCAGAUUAUUUACCACCAGAAGUUUAAAAAUAUGUAGAUGCAAGUGGAACAUAAAGUGUUGGUAGAUAUAAUCCAUUUUUAUCUGAUGUUUAUUAAUUAGGAUUGAAUAUACUAAUGAUGGAUUAAUUAGAAGUUAAUUUUGAAAGUACUGAAUUAAGAAAUCUUGUUAAAAAACUUAAUAGUUAACGUGCUGGAACUAGAGGAGGUAGUAGUGAUUAUCAUGAUUUAUUAAAAUUAAUGUUAGUUGGUGAUGAAUCAGGUAGAUUAACACCUGCUGAAUUAUCGUUAUUUACUAAAUCAUAUUUUAUAGAAACACCUAUUAAUGAAGAUAAUCUUGUUGAAAGUAUGAAAUAUAAAAAAAAAUAUGCCGGUAUUGAAUCUACUAAAGUUUAUUAACUAAUUGCUGUUGCUUAUUAUGAUUUAUUUGAAUGGGAAAAGUGGCUAGAAAAAAUGGAAGAAAUAUUAGUAACUUAUGAGAAUGCUAAAGAUGAUAUUCAUGCUGCAGAAGUUCUAUUUGAUAUUGCUAAUGGAUUUAUUGAUAUUAAUAAUUUAACUAGUGCAUAAGAUUAUUUUAUGAAGGCUAGUAUAUUAUAUAAUGAAAUUGGACAUUAAUUUAGAGAAUCAAAUAAAUUAAAUGAAGCAUUAGAUAAUUACGAAAGAGCUUUAGAUUGUGUUAGAAAAGCGUAAUAUAUAUCUCUAUAUAUAUUAUAGUCAUAAUGGAGAUGAUAGCUAUGAAGGAGCACUAUUGUUAGAAAAUCUAGCUAAUGGAUAUAGGUUAUAAGGAAAUCUUAUUAGAGCUCGAUCAUUUCUAGAAGAAGCUUGUAGAAUUACUGAAUAAGAAAAAGGACCAGAUAGUUUAGAAUUUGCUAAAAUGAGUAUUAAUUUAGGAAAGGUUCAUUCCUUAUUAGGUGAUUAUAAACAUGCACUUAAAAGAGUUAAAAAAGGACUUAGAAUUACUGAAGGUUUAUAUAAUUUAUGUAUUUUAGGACAUGCCACAGGUAAUUAAAAUUUGUAAUAAAGUAUGUUAAGUUAUAACAAUUAAAAUUAAUAAUUGUAAAAUUAGGCAUUAUUAUUAAAAGCUUAAGGAUUAACUAUGUUAGGAGAAAUAUAAAGAUUAAAAGGUACUUUAGGAAAAGCUAAAAAAAAUAUUGAAGAAGCCUUAGCCAUUAGAGAAAAACUAUAAGGAUCUGGAAAUUUAGAAGUUGCUUCCACUAUAGAAGUACUUGGAAAUGUUUUUUUUGAAAUGGAAGAUUUUCAUUAAGCAAAAUCAUAAUAUGAAAAAGCUUUGGUUAUUAAAAAGAGUAAAUUAGGAGAAAAUCAUGUCGAAGUAGCCUUAACAUUAAAUAAUAUUGGAAAUUCUUGUAAACAUUUAGAAGAAUAUGAUAAAAGCUAGAAAUUCUUUGCAGAUGCAUUAGUUAUUUUAAAAUAAUCUUAAUCUGGUGAUGAUCAUCCACUGGUUGCUACAACUUAUGGUAAUCUAGGGAUAUUAUUAAAAUAAAUUGGAAACAUUUAAUCAGCUUAAUAAUGCUUAACAAAAUGUAUUCAAAUAUUAGAUAAAACACUUCCUAAAAAUCAUCCUGACUCUUUAUUUUAUAGAGAAUAAUUGCAAGAAAUAUAAUAAUGA